GAAGAAUUAUUGCUCAUAUUUAUUACCUUACCAAUACCUGCUCUUCCGUUCUCCUCCCCCCAUUACCCUCAAAAGCGCUAGAAUUGCAAGAGAUAGAGACGGCUAUGGAGGAGUUCUACCUUAGCAUUGCAUCGAUGCGGCCAGCGUCCGCUCUCCUAUUCGCUUCGGCGGCGUCGCCUGUAGAUUUCACACCCUCCUUGUUUGAUUCCCCUCCGCCGACUCCUGCGCAGGAUGUGACGUCCAACGUCGACGAGGAGAUGCAGGAAGCAUUAGAACAAGUACAAUUCGUCAUUGGCUACUCAUUCAGUAAUUUAUCUCUCCUGGAGGAGGCCCUGACCCACUCCUCCCACCCAAGCCGCAUUUCUUACCAGAGGCUUGAGUUCGUCGGAGAUGCUGUGCUUAACCUUGCAUUCACCAAUUUUGUCUACCUUACGAACCCUUCAGUCGGUCCUGGUGCUCUUUCGCUCCUCCGAGCCGCCAAUAUCUCCACCGAGAAACUCGCUCGCGUCGCCGUUCGUCAUGAUUUUUACCGCUAUCUCCGUCGGAACUCACCCUCGCUUGAUUUAAUGGUGCAGGAAUUCUCUGAAGCAGUUAGAAAAGAAAAAGAGGAGGACUAUGCUGGAAUUUCAUAUGGCGGAAGCAUGGUAAAAGCUCCUAAGGUUUUGGCGGAUAUUGUAGAGUCUAUUGCUGCCGCUAUCUACAUAGACUGUAGCUUCAAUCUCGUGGAGUUCUGGAAGGUUUUUAGGGGAAUUUUAGAGCCAAUCAUUACUGUGGAAACUCCAAACCAGCAGCCCGUUUCACACAUCUAUGAGCUAUGUCAAAAGCAAGGAUUGAGUAUCGAGUUUAAGAAUUGGAAGAAAGAAAAUAUUAACAUAACUAAUGUUUACGUUGAUGGGGAGCUUCUUGGUGUUGGGUCCUCUGAGCAGAAGCCUAUUGCAAAGCUCAAUGCUGCCAGAGAUGCACUGCAAAAGUUGUGCCAUGAUGAGGCUGACCGCAUGGAUAUUGCCAAGUGCUCUUCACAGAGCAGUAGAACAUUGGAAGACGUGGCAACAUCCACACAGAUGAAUGGUGGGCUUGUGACGGGCAAGGCUGAUGCAAAUGGAGGAGAGGAAGUAGAUGGUUCAAAACAGAGGCUUCAUGAUCUUUGUUCCAAGAAGCGUUGGCAAAAGCCAGUUUACAGGUAUGUGAUUACCCUUUUUAGGCAGUGUUUGAUUGGAGCCUGA